AUGAUUCCGUUUGUUGUCGAUUUGGAAGAUGAACGUGCCAUUGAAUUAGAAUUAGUUGGUGGUAAAGGAGUAAAUUUAGCGAUAUUAUAUCAACAAAAAUUCUGUGUUCCUAAUGCUUUUAUCAUUACAACUCAUGUCUAUGAAUCUAUUCUUAAUAAUCCGGAAAUAAAAAAUGCUUUAUCAACAAUCGAUAAUCUUAAUAUUGAUAAUAUAGCUGAAUUAGAAAAUAUUAGUAAUCAUAUUAAAACUAUAAUUUGUAAUAUAACUUUACCAAAUGAUAUAAUCGAUUUAAUAUUUAAAUAUUAUGAUAAAUUAUCCCAGGGAGCUAAUAAUACAAAUCUUCAUGUUGCUGUACGAAGUAGUGCUACAGCUGAAGAUUUACCUGAAAAUUCUUUUGCUGGACAACAAGAUACAUAUUUACAUGUAACAAAAGAAAGUUUAAUUGAAAAAAUUCAAGAAUGUUGGGCCUCAUUAUUUACUGCUCGUGCUAUAUCAUAUAGAAAGAAAUCAAAUAUUAAUUAUAAAAUAAUUCAACUCGCAGUAAUUAUUCAAGAAAUGAUUUCUAGUGAAGUUUCAGGUGUUGCAUUUACAGCUAAUCCUAUAACAGGUUUUCGUAAUGAAGUUAUUAUUGAUUCAACAUAUGGAUUAGGUGAAGCAUUAGUAUCAGGUUUAAUUACACCAGAUCAUUAUGAAAUAUUAACUGAAAAUAAUGAAAUACGUCGAAAAAUUAUUGGUGAAAAAUCUCUUCGUAUUAUUGGUAAAAAAAAAUGGUGUAAAUUAGUUAAAGAAAUUGAAAAAAUUUAUAAUCAUCAACCACAAGAUAUCGAAUGGUGCUUUAUGAAGGAAAAUUUUUAUAUUUUACAAGUUCGACCGAUAACAACUUUAUUUCCAAUACCACCCUAUGCGUUUAAUCAAUCAGGUUUACGAUGUAUGAUAUCAUUCGGUACUAUUCAAGGAUUUCUUGAACCUAUAACACCAUUCGGUGAAAGUACUGUACGUACAUUACUUGGUCAUUUCUUACGAAAAGUUGGUAUUAAUCGAAAUACAACAACUGAAGAUGAUAUAUCUUCUAAUCCAUUACAACAUAAAAUAUUUAAAUCAUCAAGAAAUCGUUUAUGGAUUGAUAUAACUGGUAUAUUAACAUCACCAAUUCGAAGUAUAUUUAGUCUAUCGAUGAUUGAUACUGGAAUGGAUAAAAUUAUAAAUCAUAUAAAAUAUUCCAAAUCAUUUCCAAUAAAAUCAAUGUUUAAAACUUAUAUCUAUUUAAUGUUAUUUAUUAUUCCUCUUAUAUUUAGAUCAAUACGAAAUUUUAUAUUUCCUCGUUAUGGAAAAAAAUUAUAUAUGGAUCAGAUGAAUAAAUAUCAUGAGUUUAUUGAUCGAGGUUUUAAAGAUGAAUACAAUCAAAAUUUUACGAAUUGUGUUCAACAUUUUCAAAGAAUUUUAUCGAUAUUGCCGUUACGUUUAAUGCAUUAUGGUGCUAGUUGUGUUGUUCCUGCGAUUAUCUCGUUGAAAAUAUUACAAAAAUUAAGUAAAAAUCCAAUGGAUGCACUUGCCUUAACACGUGCUGUUGAAUCAAAUCCAACAACCGAAAUGAAUCUUAUCUUAUGGAAAAUAACUAUUUUAAUACGAGAAAAUGAUCAUAUUUUAAAAUUAUUUCAAAAUGAAUCAACAAUAAAUUUAGUAAAAAUGUACAAAGAGAAAUUAUUUGAGAAAAAUAUUCAAUUCGAAAUCGAAGAAUUUUUUCAUAUUUAUGGUUGUCGUGGUAUUGGUGAAAUUGAUAUUGGUCGUAAACGAUGGUCUGAUGAACCACAAAUAAUUCUAGAACAAAUAAAAAAUUAUUUGAAAAUUCUUAAUCCUAUUGAUAAAAUUCAUGAACAAAGUAAACAAAGUGCGUAUGAAGCAUUGACUCGUAUUGAAAAUCAUUUAAAAUGGUCAUUUAUUCAACGACCAUUGAUAAAUUUAUUAUUUAAUCGUUUAAAAAUCUUAUUUUCAUUACGAGAAUCACCGAAAUUUCAUGGUAUUAUUCAAACAUUUGGUAAAUGUCGAAAAGAACUUUUAUCUAAAGCACAAUUAGCAGUUAACGAAAAAUUUAUUUUACAUAGUGAUGAUAUUUGUUUUUUAUAUAUUGAUGAAUUACAAUUAUUAGCUUAUGAUACGGAUCAUAAACAAUAUACGAAAAGAAAUUAUUGGAAAAAUUUAAUAGAACAACGUCAAAUAGAAUAUAAGCAGCAAAUGUCUUGUAAACGUAUACCAUUAAUAUUAAUGUCUGAUGGAACAACAUAUUAUGAUGCUAGCACGAUACCAGAUGAUAAUAAAGAUCGUGUUGAAUUAAUGGAAGGAGAAUUUCUUGGUAGUCCAGUAUCUCCAGGUAUAUACGAAGGAAAAGUACGAAUAGUUAAUGAUCCAAUAAAUUCUGAAUUGCAAUCUGGAGAAAUAUUAGUUUGUACUGCUACUGAUCCAGCAUGGACAACAUUAUUUCCAAUUGCUGGUGCGUUAGUUUUAGAAAUGGGUGGGAUGCUUCAACAUGGUGCUAUAGUUUCAAGAGAAUAUGGUUUACCGGCUGUUGUUGGUGUAUCGAAUGCUAAAAAUAUAUUUCAUAAUGGUCAAUUUAUUCAAGUGAAUGGAUCCAAUGGACGAAUUAAAAUUUUAUCGGAUUAA